AGUUGUUGAAUCUGAUUGACAAACGGUGCAUUUCGCGGCGAAGUGUUCGUUCGUUAAAUUUUCUUACAAAUCUCGUAUACUUCGCGCAAAAAUUGUCUGAUAUUUUCGGCAAAUCAUGAUAACAGUGUCUUUAUCUUAAUUCCAUUAUAAUUAGUUCAACAUGUCCAGAGAUAUAAGAUCGUUUUUUCAAGUUAAAAAGCCGGCGAAACCUGCCGUCACUGUUGAUGAUGAUGACGAUGUUAUUCCAGAGUCUCCGGAUGUACAAAUAGUUAAAAAUAAAAAGAAAGAAUCAAAGAAAAGGCGUGUGAUAGACGAUGAUUCUGACGAAGAGAUAUUUUCGUCUAAAAAAAAGAAUAAUAAUGAGGCUAGUUCUGAAAAAGCAGGUCAAACAUCAAGUAAGAAUAAAGGUAAAUCACCCAAACCUGCACUCAAGGAGGUCAAAGUGAUUGACAUGUUUGGAAAAGAUCCUAUUAAGCGCACAGAGCCCUUAGUUAAGAAAAAGAAAAAAACUGAACUAGGCAUCCAUUCUGAUGAAGAAUUUGAAAAAAGUUUACUUGAAAUUGACAAUGCGGAGUUGGAAGGAAAAAAUAAUGAUGAAGUCCCUAAUGAUGAGAAACCAAAAUCUAACAAUGACAAGGUGACACCAUCGAAAUCAACAGAAGAAUCACAUAAAGAAAGUAAAUCAUCACAUGAAAAGAAACACAAAAGCCCUGCAGAACCAAAGAAAGAUGAACAUAAGUCAAGCAAGGGUGACAAAGGAAAACCUGACGAAAGCCAAGAGAGUAAGCAUAAAUUGGACGAAGGCAAAGAAACUAAGAACAAAUCAGACGAAGGCAAAGAAAGGAAGCAUAAAUCGGACGAAAGCAAAGACAGUAAACAUAAAUCAGACGAAAGCAAAGAAAGUAAGCAUAAAUCAGAUGAAGGCAAAGAAAGUAAGCACAAAUCGGAUGAAAGCAAAGAAAGUAGACACAAAACUGACGACAAUAAAGCCAAAAAACAUACAAAGGAAGACAAGAAACCAAAUCAAUCUACAUCACACUCAAAUGAUGGAGAAUCUAAAAAAUCUAAAAUUGAAAAUAGUAAGAGGAAGUUUGCCGAGUUUAUAGAUGAUGAUACUAGUGAUCAUGGCAGUAAGAAGAAAAAGGUGGAUGAACAAGAGAAAGAGAGUAAACAUAAAUAUGAUGGAGAUUCUUCCGCUAUGGAUGAAAGUAUGGAUGCUGGUAAGAAAAAGAAGAUGAAUAAGAGUUUGAAUGAAUCAGCUCUAACAGAUGAAGAAAGACAUGAAAGGCGAAGGUACUCAGCCGCUUUAUAUAAAAACUAUUUGAACAGAUCUGGACCAAAGAAUUUAGGAGCUAAAGAAAUCCCUGAGGGAAAACCAGAUUGUUUGAAGGAUUGUGCAUUCUUGUUGACUGGGGUGCUGGACUCGUUUGAGAAGGAUGAAGUAGCUGCAGCCAUUACAAAGUAUGGAGGAAGUGUCAAGUCUGGAGUCUCUAAAAAAGUUACACACGUGAUUGCAGGCGAGGACGCUGGCCCAGCGAAAAUGGCAAAGGCUCAAGAACUAGGAAUUAAAAUUAUAAACGAAGAUCAAUUCCUGAAAAUGAUUGUAGAACGAUCACAGGAUAACAAGACUAGUAAACCAGAAAUUAAAAAAGAAAUCAAACAAGAAAAGUCUCCUAGUAAACCAAAAUCUAAAAGUCCGAAAGAUAAAAAAGAGGACAAAUUAAAAAGUCCGGAGAGAAGUAAGUCAGAUUCAAAAGUCAGGGAUAAAAGUAGUGAUAGUAAACAUCGUGACAAAUCUAGUCCAAAGAAAAUCAAGGAAGAAAAAGUUGAAGCAAGCUCUAGCUCUACAAGUACAAUCAAGAAUCAAGUAAAUAAUGUAAAAAAGGAAGUGACUCCCAUAGCAGAGAAUUCGAAUAUGUGGGUGGAAAAAUACAAGCCACAGAAUAUAAAACAAAUUAUUGGACAACACGGUGAUGCUAGCAAUGUUAAAAAGUUAAUGAAUUGGUUGACGAAAUGGUAUGUGAACAGAAAGGCUAAGCUACCGAAGCCCAGUCCCUGGGCUAAGAAUGAUGACGGAGGUUAUUACAAGGCGGCGUUACUGUCUGGUCCGCCGGGCGUCGGUAAAACAACAUCGGUGGCGUUAGUGUGCAAGGAGCUCGGUUUCGACAUGGUGGAGUUUAAUGCGUCGGACACGAGGAACAAGACCCUCAUCAAGGAACAGAUCGGACAGCUGCUCACUACUAAUUCACUAUCUGGGUUUGCUAAUGGUGUGACUGGUAAACAAGCAGUGACUAAGAAACACGUGCUGGUCAUGGAUGAAGUCGACGGCAUGGCCGGCAAUGAGGAUAGAGGCGGUCUCCAAGAAUUAAUAGGUCUAAUAAAAUCGUCGUCGGUGCCAAUAAUAUGCAUGUGUAAUGACAGACAGAGUCAGAAGAUGAGGUCUCUGGUCAACUACUGCUACGAUCUGAGGUUCAAUAGGCCAAGAGUCGACCAGAUUAAGUCAGCGAUGCUCUCAAUAUGCUUCAAAGAAGGUAUAAAGAUCCCGCCUGACGUGCUCAGCCAGUUGAUAGUGUCCGCCAACCAAGAUGUCAGACAGACCCUGAACUUGUUGUCCAUGUGGGCUAUAGACCCCAGUCGAGCUGAUCCGGACAGUCUCAGGAAGGAUGCUCAGACCACCAAGAAGGAUAUUAAGCUGGGUCCAUUCGAGGCGAUCCGCAAGGUGUUUUCAGCGGAAGACCACAAGACGAUGAGCAUCAACGACAAGAGCGACCUGUUCUUCUACGACUACAGCCUCGCGCCACUCUUCGUGCAGGAGAACUAUCUACACGUCGCCCCACACUGUCCCAAAAAUGAAGUACUGCAAAGGAUAAGCGAGGCAGCGGACAGUAUUAGUUUGGGCGAUCUGGUAGACGCGCGGAUACGCCGCAAUCAGGCGUGGAGUCUAUUGCCAAUGCAGGCGAUGUACAGUUCAGUGAUCCCAGGUAACCGCAUGUCUGGCCACAUGACCGGCCAGAUCCAGUUCCCUGGCUGGCUCGGGAAGAACUCCCGCGGUACCAAGAUGAAACGCCUCUGUCAGGAGAUUCACGCGCAUACUCGACUCAGUACAUCUGGUUCGAAAUCGUCUAUCUACCUGGACUACAGUACGCAUCUUCGUAACGCGAUCCUCAGUCCUUUGGUAAAGGACAAGUUGGAUGGCGUUGACAAGUCCUUGGAAGUACUGGAGUCUUACCAUCUGUUGAGGGAAGAUCUGGACUCUUUAGUAGAACUGUCUCUCUGGCCAGGACAGACGAAUCCUGCUGACUUGGUGGAACCAAGGGUGAAAGCGGCGAUGACUCGAUCUUACAACAAGAAAGCCACCGCUCUGCCGUACGCGCCGGGCGCCGUCAAGAAAGGCAGAGCCAAAGCUGACGAUGACUUCGGAGACGACGACCAAGAGGAGGAGGAGGAAAACAAUGACAGUGACCCUGAAAAUGAUGCAUUAAUUAAGAAAAAGAAAAGCAAGGAUACAGAAAAACCAACGACAAGCAAAGGCAAGGCGUCUACAUCCAAAGCGUCGACGAGUAAAAAGAAAAAAGAGAAAUAGCAUCGGCGUUCUGUGAUGGCCUUCUUGUUCAGAUAAUGUGACUUGAUGGACCAUCGGAUCUCUUUUGUACCGUAGUGCAGUGAUUUGUGAUAAACAUACAGACAUUCGUACAUACUGUUUUAAUUGCAUAUAGAAAGACUGCUGAAAAAUUGUGAAAAACAAGCCUCGAUUACCAGUGGUUGUUGCAGUUUAGAUAUUUUAUAGUAAGUGAGUGACAAUAUGGGAAUAUGAAACUCAAUAUAUUCGUUUAUUUUAUAAUCAAAGCUUUUAGAUUGGUUUAACUGAUAAAAUAUAUUAGGUUGAGUUUGAGAGAAAUAAAUUCGCCAAUAUUAGGCAUUGACGGAUGACUGUUGAUGAAGCGAAAGAGGUAUGUAAGAAUCGUAACAAUUGGUGCUCCAUUGUCUCUGCCUACCCCAAUGGGAGACAGGCGUGAGGUUGCGUAUGUAUUAGACGUUAUUAAAGUACAGAAAUGAAUAAAUAGUAUUGGCUUUUGAAUUUUAUACUAAAAUUUUCUUUUCACAAGAAAAUGUAAUAAAAUGAUAAAAGUCAGGGUCACAUUUCUCCAGUUAUUUUUUUCAUCGAAAUAUUUCCUAAAUUGUCACUAACUGUGCCUAUGAAAGUGUAAGUGAAGGACAUACAUUGAUACAUUAUUAGAUCUACACAUUAAGUACUUUUAAAUGCAAAAUAAAAUUAAAUGUUUAGGCGUAUCUAGUGAGACUGGACGCUACUUGCGUGAUACGAUAUAAAAGUGAUAGUAGUGGUAGUUUGUGGCCAGUGAACUAUAGUGUCUAACAUAAGUUUAAAUACAUAGUAUUAAAUGGUACAUUUCAUAAUAAGUUGGUUCAUAAUCCAUAUAUAACAUGUAAUGUAAUAAAAUAAGGUUUUCUAACUUCUGAUGAUAGAGCUAGUAAUCAUUCCAGUUUAAAAUUAAACUUGUAUUACUUGUAGUGACAGAGCGCAGAUCUAAGGGAUACACAAUUGGGAGCAAAGUAAUGGAGCCAAUAGCCUGUUUUUUCUUUUUCUCAUUUUAAAGAACCCUCUUUAACUUAACCACUCUAACGUCCGGCCCGCGCGACCGUUUAUCUCUCUAACGUCCAGCCGCGCACGGCAUCCGAACCGCGCGCGACUCGCAAGUUCGUCGUAACAAAAAACCUAUAUAGCUACUGAACCGUAAUGCCUAGAAUAAAGAAAAGAAUACCAAAAAAAAGAUAGAAAAAUACUCUACAAUCUUAACGAUUUUUUUAAAUCUUUAGUUAAUCUUUAAAAUACAAUAAAACGGGUUAAACAUGAAACACAGAAAAAAAAACAGAAUUAUUUCUACCUUUUUAGAAUAUACGGCACAACUAUUGCAUAUACAUUAUCAAUAAAAUAUUUUUACAACAAACUAGACUCAUUACCCUUUCUUUUGAUGUAUAUAUGAUUAUAUUCGGUUAACUCUAAGUAUUGUAAUUAAAUCGAAAGAAAACACUACUCGUAAUUUUACACAUCAAAAAACCUGAGGAACACAUUGACAUUAUUAUGGAAUCUUCAAUGAAUUUAGUAUAUUUCUCUUUGAAAAAUGUAUUAUUUUGCUUAUUACGAAAUUUAUUUUGAUAUUUUAUAUACUAUUGUAAUGCAAAGUAUGUAAAAUAUGUAUAAACAAAACUAAAAGUGGCCAACACCAUACGACCGGCCAUUUUUUUCGAAACAAUCGUUUGAAGUUAAAAUUAGACUAGAUUUAUCAGCUAAAACUGUGAUAUUUAUACAUCAUCGUAAAGCACAAAUCUUCUAGUUUAUUUUGAUGUAUAACACUUGCAAGAUAAAUUAAACAAAACUGUAGUAUUUACGACAUAAUUGUUGGAACUCACAAAAACACUUCAAAAACGAGUCAACUAACUUUAAAAAUUUAUAUUUUGUUUGUCAAAGCAUAUUACAACGCCAUGUCUUAUUUUUUCGUCGAACAAUUUAUUCAGCUGUAUAGAUAAUCAGUCAAAACUCACCAAACAAGACCGUAUUUUAAACUAGAGGGAGUUAAACAGAACUAGUCGCUUUGGAUACUAUAGUAUCCAUGGACGUAUGACGCUCCUUUUUUUGGAUACCGUGCUAUCCAUGGACGUUAGAGUGGUUAUAACGAAAUGUUUACCAUGUUUAUUCAUUCUGUGAGUUUCCGAUAUCCUGUUUCAAGUUCUAAUGAUAUUGUUAGUGACCAUGUCAGUUUAAAAACUUAUAUCCUCUUUGACUAAAAAUAUUAUGUGUUUUAAAACCAAAUACUAAAGGUAAUUAAGUUGCCUUUUAUAUGACUUAUGUUACCAAUUAAUAAAAUACUUAAUCAGAAAAUAUUUAAAAAAUAAUACAGACCAGUGACUCUGAUUCUUGUUCCCGAGUGUAUGUAUACUGUCACAAAUAAUGCCAGUUGAGAGUUCAAAACUAUUUUUUUUUACUAGUCAUUGAACAAAACACUACAACUAUUAUAGGUUCAAAAGAAAUUGUUGUGAAUAUAGGUAAGGACUUCCAUGUAAAAUCGUCAUAACGUAAUUAUGUAUUCCAAAUAAUUAUAAUAUUAGUCCUAAAAGGAAGGUUUUAAAUGUAUAGUGUAGUUUUACUCAUAAAGAUACUAUGAAACCAUGGCCUAAUUUUUCCACAUUUCUAUCUCAAUUGUUACUAUAAUUGUGUUGGAAACUAAAUUAUACCAAAUAUCCUUUUGAAAUUAUGUCCUUUAAUCCUAUUAAAUAUGAUAAUAUCAUAAUGUUUAAGGAUCUUUAUAUCAUGCCAUGUGUAGUAUAAAUUAUAUCUCUGUAAAUUUUAUCUACUGCCAAAUUAUGUAUGUAAUCUACAUUUGACUAAUCACUUUAUUUACUUACAUUUUAGUUGACCAAUAACUGCCAUAUUUUGUAGCAAUUGGUGUUCCAUUGUCUCUGCCUACCCCCCAUGGGAAACAGGUGUGGAUUUAUGUAUGUAUGAAAUGAAACUAUUGUUAUAACCUAAUGUGUAAUUGAUGAUGAAUGAUUAUUAAUAAUUGAUGUUCCUUCUUGUUCUAAAAUAAAUUCUUCCAACAAUUUCACUAAAUAUUCAGGUUGGAUGAAGGGAAUAUUUUAUUCUUUGUUUUGUACCCAUAGUACAAGCUUGUUUUACAUUUAACGAGAUUGAAAUGAGAGUGUGUUUGGCGCUGUGAUUGAUUUGUUGGUUCAUUUAAGUCGGCUAAUCAGAGCCCUGAACACACUCUUGUUUAAUUUUCGUUAAUGUUAAACAAACUCGUCCUAAGGAUUCAGUACUGUUUCGAUACUUCCAACUAUCAUAAGUUGUUAUAUUACUUAAAAAAAAAGAAUUCACAUAUAGCAUAAACUGUACAAAUAUUCAAAUAACUUUUUGUCUGCCAGUAUUAGAGAUACAAUAGAAAAUAUGUUGUCGCAUACAUAUGUGUUAAUGUCUCAAAUAAAAUUAAAUGUUGUUUAUCUCAAUGUAAUGUCUACAAGUCUCAUGUCUGAACAAAUUUGUUAAAUGGUUUUAUGUUGAUUAAAGUUAACUUUUUUAA